UUGGAGCCUCGGAGGUGAUGGGAUACAACCCAACUCUUAUGCAUCGAAGGUUUUGGCUUGUGGGUUUUCUAUGGCUAACAUUUGUUGCUCUAUCGAGAUGGAGCCUAGGACCUUACGUGAAGGACAACUCAGCCAUGCCAGGGAAGUGGCUGCGGAUGUAGCUCAAAAGAUGGAACCAGAAGAAGCGUCCGAUGUAUUCAUAAAUGGGCUGAGACCGGUUCUUUCAAUCAAGGAGAUGAGUCAGAUUGAGGGAAAUGGAGAUCGACAUGAUCACAAAGUUGUAGAGUGCAAGGAGAAGACUGCUGAGAUUAUUGACAGACCUUGCCAAUGCUCAUGCAUCGCGAAAGACAUAGAAUCCCCUGAUCAAUUGAAUCUUAAGGAGCCACUUUCAGCCCCAUUUUGAUGGUGUAGUCUUUGUUUUAUUUAUUUUUCUUACAGAAUAUAUAAUUAGUCAUUUAUUUUUAAGGUGAUUGGGAACAAUUGUACUGUUAAAGACUUCUGAUUUGAAAUUUACCUCCUUA